AUGCGCAAAAACCCAAUUCAAAAUCCAGCCAAUUUAUCUUUUUGUUCUUCCGAUUUCAAUCCCAGAAUACCCUUCAAAUUUCACCAUUUACCAUUUCCCUCCAAAAGUUCGAAGAAACUCACUUUCAGAUUUCUUUGUUCUUCACAGCCCUCGGAUUCAUCAUCGAAUGAAACUUUGACCCUUUCGUCGAUUCUUCUUGCGAUACCCAACUGGGCUGACAGUGUGCAAGAAAGGGGUAUGAAACAGAAAAGGUCCUUAUAUGACCAUGAAAAAUGGGUGCAGCACAGAAGCUCCUUGAGGCAUAUUAGGCAUCUUUUAUCAAGUCUCAGUUCGCGGGUGAUUUUAUCUUUGGUUCCUCCAGUGAUUGGUUUUACAUCAGUGGCUGUACUUAUAGCCAGUUAUAAUUCAGCAGUUUCAUUGCAUUGGCUACCAGAGUUUUUCCCCGUUUUGAGAGCCUCUUCUUUGCCUUAUCAGUUGGCAGCACCAGCCUUGGCGCUUUUGUUGGUUUUUAGGACUGAGGCAUCGUAUUCGAGGUACGAGGAAGGGAGGAAGGCUUGGACUAAGGUUCUUGCAGGAACAAAUGACUUGGCAAGGCAAGUGAUUGCUAGUGUGGGAAGUGCAAGUGAUGUGUUGCUCAAAAAGGCUCUUUUGCAGUAUAUCAUGGCAUUUCCAGUUGCCCUCAAGUGCCAUAUUAUUUAUGGCUCAGAUAUCGCAAUGGAUCUUCAAAAUUUGCUUGAGGUUGAUGAUCUAGCAGUAGUCCUCAGUUCAAAACAUCGUCCCCAGUGCAUCAUCAACUUCAUAUCUCAAAGCAUUUGGUUGUUAAAUAUGGAGGACACAAAGCGCCAUAUGUUGGAGUCGAAAAUUUCUUGCUUUCACGAAGGUAUCGGGGUGUGCGAACAGCUGAUGGGCAUACCUAUCCCUCUCUCAUACACUCGACUGACGUCAAGAUUAUUAGUCUUGUGGCAUUUUACUCUUCCCAUUAUACUGUGGGAUGAAUGUCACUGGAUUGUUGUACCUGCUACUUUUAUCAGUGCUGCUUGUUUAUUUUGCAUAGAGGAGGUUGGUGUCCUUAUUGAAGAACCCUUCCCAAUGCUUGCUCUUGAUGAACUUUGCAAGCAGGUUCAUAACAAUAUCCAAGAAGCAAUGGCAAACGAAAAAAUGAUUCAAGUACAAUUAAACAGGAAAAUAAAGAGUCAUUUUAAGCACAGUUCGAAUGGAUGGCCUACCUUUUCUGAAGACAGAGAACUCGGUUAA